GAGCGGCACAGCCGCUGCCCGUCGUGCUCCGACGGUUCGCGCACCGGCGCUGGAGGAAGCGGAGCUUCCGCCUCCCCCCCGAGCAUGGGAUGGAUGAGCUCUGCGAGAGCGGCUCCUGCUCGGCAGCCACUGGCAUGAAAGAGGGAGCGGAUCAGGAACCCUGGGACACACCGCUGGGUUUGCUGGAGGACAGCCAGAUGGGUAACAAGAGCAACGUGUCCUUCCUGCAGCUCUUCAAGAACCUCAACUUGGAGCGAGCCGAUGGGAUGCAAGGAGACAGCUCCGACGUGCUGCGAAUUGUCAUCUCCCUGGUGUAUUCCGUGGUGUGUGCCCUGGGACUGGUGGGCAACCUGCUGGUGCUCUACCUGAUGAAAAGCAAGCAAGGCUGGAGGAAGUCCUCUAUCAACCUCUUUGUGACCAGCCUGGCAGUGACUGACUUUCAGUUUGUGCUGACCUUACCCUUCUGGGCUGUGGAGAAUGCACUGGAUUUCAACUGGCUCUUCGGCAAAGCUAUGUGUAAGAUUGUCUCCUAUGUGACAGCCAUGAACAUGUAUGCCAGUGUCUUCUUCCUCACUGCCAUGAGUGUAGCUCGAUAUCGCUCUGUGGCUUCAGCCUUGAAGAACCAGGGGCGAGGUGACCCACUGGGAGGCUGCUGCUCCACCAAGUGGCUUUGUGCGCUCAUCUGGCUGUUGGCAAUCGUGGCUUCUCUGCCCCAAGCUAUUUUCUCCACCACUGCCACCGUCUUUGAUGAUGUCCUCUGCCUUGUCAAGUUCCCUGAGGGCCAAGGCAGCAAUGCACAGUUCUGGCUGGGUCUGUACCAAACCCAAAAAGUGCUGCUGGGCUUCGUGCUGCCUCUGGCCAUCAUCAGCCUCUGCUACUUGCUCCUGGUGCGCUUCAUCAGUGAGAAGCAUGUUGGCAGCACCUGCAGUGGUCCCAGCACCAAGCGCCGCUCUAAAGUGACUAAGUCAGUGUCCAUCGUGGUGUUGUCAUUCUUCUUGUGCUGGCUGCCCAACCAAGCACUCACAACGUGGGGUAUCCUCAUCAAGCUCAAUGUGGUACACUUCAGUGCUGAGUAUUUCCUCUCCCAGGUGUACCUCUUCCCCAUCAGCGUGUGCCUGGCACACUCCAACAGCUGCCUCAACCCCAUCCUCUACUGCCUGAUGCGCAGGGAGUUCCGCAAGGCGCUGAAGAGCCUCCUCUGGAGGAUCACCUCUCCUUCUCUCACCACCAUGCGUCCUUUCACCGACACCACCAAGCCAGAGCAGGAAGAGCAAGCCCUGCACGCCUUGGUGCCUGUCCACCCUGUUGCACCUCCUGCACCUGCAGCUGCAGCUGCAGCUGUCCAGCCAGAGCUGGCUUACUACCCACCUGGGGUGGUGGUGUACAGCAGCCGAUGUGACAUGCUGCCUACUGCCUCCGGGGAGCAACACUACUGAGAUGGCUGUGGGGGUGGGACUGGGAGGGGGUUCUGUGCAGGAUGUGGCCCUGGGACAUUGAAUGCCUGUUACGAACAAGGGGAGGUGAGAUGGGUGAAUGAGGGUGGGAGAAGCUCUUCUGGAGUUGUCUGCUCUUGGAAGCUGUGUGAUGAAAAUUAUCUUGAAAGUGUGCCCCAGAAUGGAGAACAAGAGGAGGAAGGAACACUGUGGUGUGCUAGGGAUCAGGGGGUUUCUGAGAGAUGCUUUCCAGUACUUGCUCCUGUCCUGGCUUCUGCUGGAGCUCCAGCUGUGGGCUCAGCCAGCAAGGGUGAGGCUGGUUGGGGUGAAGCAAGACAUUUCCCACAGCAUCUUGGCAUGAGCAUGAAGGGGCCAGGACAAGCAGGUACAGGGCUCCUGCUUGUUCAGGCUCAGCUCUUCUCUCCCUUCCCAGGGACCAACAAGGGGGGGACAAAGAGCACUGUGCUCAUCUCUGGAUCCUUGCAGGAUCUGCUUUUCCAGCUUCCUCAUCCCUUCUGCUGCUACCAGCAUACGGAGCAGGAAAACAGAUCCUGGACAGCCAAGGAGAAAGCCUGGGACAGGACUUGCAGCUUCACAAAGAGGGGAUCCUUUGGUUGGGUUUGAAGGGAGGAGAGUUGCACCCUACCACCUCCUAGCAUUGUGCUCCCCAGCCCUGCUGAAGUGGGAAACCCACAGCCCCCAGUUCUGAGGCAGAAGUCUGUCCAGGCACAUGGAAACUGCAGGUUCUGCUCUGUACCUCAGACUGUUGGGCAGUUCAUUCCAGGAGAUCAGCACAAUUGUAAAUAAAGGAGAAAAAGGGGAAAAAAAUGAGAUUAUAUCUACUUCAAACUGUUUGCUCCAGGAUACUUCUUAUUUCAGCUAAAACCAACUAUAUAGUUUUGUGUUUGUAAAGGAUCUGCACUGAUAUUUGUCAGAGUUUCAGUUAACUCAAUCUCAAAUCCUAAGCUGUGAGAAGCCCAAGAAGCUGCAGUUCAGCACCCCAGAGAAGGGCAGAGACUUCCUGUCCCAUCUGGUGCUCCAAAGAAACAGCUGGGGAAUAAUUUGGGAUUGAUCUGAAAUGAACUUGUAAAGGCAUGAAAAAAAAAGUACAAUUCCAAGCUGUGAAACUUCUUAUGUUAAGGUCGUAUAUUUUCUAUCUUUAUUUUAUUUUUAGUAUGGUGAAAGAUUUUAAAAGGAAAGGUCAAAGUUGUUUUGUUUUGCUCCUUUUUAGAGGACGGAGAACAUAAUUGUUUUUAUUGUUUUUAGGUUUUUUUUUUUGGUGUUGAUUAAUAUCCAAAACUGCAAAUGGGUUGAAUAUAUGAACACAAUAUUAAAGAAAAAAACAACCCUCUCUGUUUCCACCUUCCUCCCCUGUGGUGUAACUCCAAUGUGUACUUGACUCUGUGAGGGGGGAAGCAUUUCUACAGAGGGUUGUUUGUCACCUCUAAGCACAGAUACAGAGCAAACUCACUAUUUCUGUUUGGAGAAAAGUGCAAUGCCUUUAGUAGCAGUUAUGCCUUGCAGAAUCCUUUAGGUUUGCUGUAAGUGUCAGUAACUCCUGUUGUAAAAUUCCAGUUUGUUCUUGAAGCAGCUGGUUCUGCUUCUUGCAACGAGACACUGUACUUUAAUUCAAGUCAGCAGAGACUUUUGCUGAAGCCUUGGUUGCUUCUAGUGGGGAAGAUGCUGAGAUUUGGAAGGAGCCUGGAGAACAGCAGAAGCAAGCUGGCAGCUGAUGAAUGUAUCUACAAAGAUGCAAAAACUCUGGAAAAAAAUACAAACAAACAAAAAGAUAGAUAUCUGCAGAAGAUCUGGAGCAUUUAAGUACUGUACAAGAAUCGCUCUAAGUUCCUAAAUGCUGACUUGGAUGCCAGUUGAAGUCUGUAGGUACUUAAAAUUUAACUGGAAAAUUUUUUGUGCCUAAAGUCUACUUCUGAGCAUGCCUGAAUCUACUUAAGUUUGUAGCAUUGUUUAUGUUUCAUGGGGAUCCUGCACUCAGGACUGGCUGCUGUGUGCACCAUAAGCCAUGGAGGCAGUUCUGCACCCUGACACAGAACACCCUUUACCAGGCCACACAAAGUGAAGAGGGGAUGUAAGCUUAACUGAUUCUCCCUGUCCCUUAGUCUAGAUGUAUUUCUCCUAUCCUGUCUUUAAUGCAUGUGCAGAUUAUGCUCUUUCCCCUUGCCUUUUUGAGAACUGCAUUAGUGGGUAGAGCUCUUGUCCACAGUAUAGGAAAUGCUGCUUUCCACCUUUCAUAUUCCUGGGAAUGAGUGAAACCCUGGGCUUCUCUCUGGACAUGCUUGAAUCCUCUGGCUUGAAAGUUUCCUGUUGCAUGAGAUGCCCACUGUUACAGGGUCAGAAAGGGAAUGCAAACCACUGACUGACACUUUGCAGCAUAAUGGCAAGGGCAUGAGCCCUAGAGAGGAAGUUUUUUUUUCUCUUGUAGAAAUAAAAACGGAAGGGAAAUUGGAUCCAGGCCUGAAUUCUAGGUUUCACCUUCUCAAGGAUAAUGACUAACUAGCUGACUGAUUGCAUGCUUGUCCUUGCUUCCAGGUCCUGGCUCAGUUAAUGUUUCAGUGCUGUACAUGAUGAGGUGGCUUCUGCAGACUGAGAGCUUUCUGGUCCUACAAAUCCAGUAGUCUAAUGUGUCAAUAGGUUUGUAAGAAAUGCAGUUGGGUUAUGUACAUUCUAGGGAGAAAGCCCUAAUACUUGUGCUAGCAGAUAGUAACAGUGUUGUGUGAGGAAAAGAAUGCCAUGAACACCUUAAUCCAGAGUUCAGAUGGGCCUGAACAUACUUCUGUAAGACAGGAGCAAGUACCUGAGUGAAGUGGAGAAUUGGACCUUGAAGCCACAUCAUUUUCUUGGUGUUUGCUAUUGAACAACGUAGCUUCCUGUGUGGCUUGCUGCAUCUGUAGUUGCUGUUCUCAGAUGCUUUAAUGAUCUCGUGAACUGCAUAGAAAGCUAUCAAAAUAUCUAAAGCAUAGCUUUGAAUUUCAGUAGGUGGUGAAUUGCUUAAAAGAAAUCCUCUGUGGUGAUCAGCAUGACAAAACUCGUGUUUUUGUGGAUGUCAGUGUACACACAGUUUUAUGGCAGCAAAAUAGCACAUAGUUCAGGACAACCCACGGUUAGUACAGAAUCCUAGCAAGAUUUGGUGAUCAGAGAAAGUCUCAGAUGUCUGACCACUGAAGAUACAAAACUCUUUUGUAUGGGAUAUCACUCAAAUAAGAAAGUGUUCUGGGUGUGAUGAGAGGGACCUGACUAUUUCUUUGAAGGUCACCUGUCUUUUAAGCCACUAGGUCUAAGUCACACAUAUGGUAUUUGAAAGAGACACAACCUGCCCACAACUGGUCAAAUGUUGGUUUGUUCCUGACCUGCAGUUCCAGCUACAUAGUUGGCCAGCACGCACAAGCAGAGUGGUUUUGUUCCUCAUGUGUUGUGAAUUGUAACUAUCUGAACAUGAAAUCUGGGCUCUGUUGUGCAGGCAGUGGUGCCAACCUGCAUGCUUUAAAUGCUUGAUGUGCACACAGUGCUGGAAAUGUGACCACAGCAGAAGUUCUUUGUAGCUCCAGCUUUGUGACUGUAUGGUAUAGUGAGUUGUCCUAAGUAAGCAGUAAAUACAACACUCUUCAAGAACACUCUUGUUCCUUCCAAAUGUUUGUGUUUUCAUUUGUAACAAUCAGAAUUUCGUGGACUGAAAUAAACGCAGCUGAAAUAAACAAAAAAGAGUUCUUUAA